AUGGCCCUUCUUGUGAUCCACAUUCCGUCGCUGUUGGGGCUCAGGCCGCUCGCGGCUCUGGCUAAGCACGUUUUCCACUAUCAAAGAUUCACGACAAUAAUAUUUUUACGUGUUCACACUCAUUCCAUACUAUCGAUGAGCCUCGCCAGUGCGCUCCGUCAACCGUUAAUCAGGAGUUUCGUGCCCCUCGCAGUCAUCGUCGCCAUUGCCACGAUCGUUGACCUCCUGGCGCCAACGAGCUUAAAUCAAGGAGCAGGCGACGUCACGGGCGAAGACGAGACAUUCUUGCUUCAGACAUCUUCUGGUUCUUUCUCCGGCAGCUACUUCUUCGCGAAGGGCUCCGCGGGGCUGUGGGAGGCGUCGGCCGUCGUGGUGUUCCUCCCGCUCUUCGAGGUGGUGUCCCGCUCCUGCGGCGGGGCGAAGGCCGCCAAGAAGCCCGCGGCGCAUCCCAAGAAGCCCGCGGCGCUCCGGAGGCGGGCGUCCAGCAGGUCGGAUGCCUCGCCGCACGAGCGCGCGUCCUCGCUGGACUUCCCCACCGAGGAGGACGAGCACGAGGUGUCCCUCGCGGGCGGCCCGUCAGGCAGAUUGUACGCCGCGCUCAAGGCGGGUGACCUGGCGCAGGCGGAGGCAAUCGCUCGGCAGGCGAAGGUGAAUGGACAGCAGCUGUCGGUCGUCAUGUACGGGGCGUUGAUCAACGCCUACGCUAAGGCUGGCGACUCCGUGGGCGCGGAGCGGUGGCUCACGAAGCUCACCAACGCGGGCCUGGGCAAGCCAAACACCAUCUGCGUCAACAUCGCCAUCAGCGCGUGUGCCAAGGCUGGCGACAUUGCGCACGCCGAGAAGUGGCUCGCGAGGAUGCCCGAGCUCGGCCUGGAUCCCGACCAGAUGAGCUACAACGCAGUCAUCGACGCCUGCGCGCGCGCAGGCGACGCCGACCGGGCGGAGAAGUGGCUCAACGAGAUGUGGCAGUCCGGGGCCGAGCCGAACGUCAUCAGCUACAGCUCCGUCGUGCACGCGUGCGCCAAGGCCGGAGACAUGGGCCGGGCGGAGUCGUGGCUGACGCGGAUGGAGCAGGACGGCGUCUCCCCCAACGUGAUCUGCUUCAACGCGGUCAUCCACGCCUGCGCCAAGGCUGGCGACUGCAAGCGAGCGGAUUGGUGGAUCGACCGCAUGGUGGCGCAGGGAGUGCAGCCUACAGUGAACACCUACACAUCGGUCAUGGACUCGCUGGCCAAGAGUGGCGACAUCGAGGCAACGGAGAGGUGGCUCCUGCGCAUGCUCCAGGAGGGCGUCGAGGCCGAUGUGGUGUGUUACAACAUGUUGUUGGGUGCCUGCAACCGUUGCGGCGACAGCCAUCGCGCCCACCUGUGGUUCAAGAAGAUGCGCGAGCGCGGCGUCCAGCCCAAUACGGUCUGCUUCAACCUGCUGAUCAACGUGUACGCCCGCAACGGCGACAUCGAAGGCGCCACGGACUGCCUGAAGCAGAUGAAGGAGUGCGGCACCCCUCCUGACUCCGUGACCUUCAACACUGUGAUCAAGGCCUGCACGCGCAACGCCGACGUGGAGGCGGCGGCUCACUGGUUCGAGGAGAUGCAGAAGGCGGGCAUCCAGCCGGACUUGUUCACCUACAACGCUCUCAUCGCCACGGGCGCACGCGCAAAGGACCCGCUGCGCACCGAGCGUUUGCCCGCGUCUUCCUUGGAACGAGAUCGAGGCGGAUGCGGUGAGCUACACGACGUGCAUCGACGCCUGCGCGCGCGGGGGCCAGACGGCGCGGGCCGAGAGGUGGCUCGUGACGAUGGAGGACCGGGGGGGGCUGGCCUGCAACCCAGCAUCAAGAUCUACGGCACCUUGCUGCACGCUGUGGCCAAGCAAAGCGACUGUGCCCGGGUGGAGCGCCUGAUCCAGCGGAUGCACUCUGUCGGUUUGGAGGCCAGCAGCUCCAUGUACAAUGCGCUGAUCAGCGCCUGCGCCAAGCGCGGCGAGGUGGAGCGCGCAGAGAAGUGGCUGAACCACAUGAUCAAGGCCAGCGUGCCCGUAGAUGUGGUCACGUACUCCACGGUGAUUCACGCAUGUGCAAAGUCUAGCGACCUCACUCGAGCCGAGCUGUGGAUGGAGCGCAUGCGCAAGGCUGGCGUCCAGGGCAACAGCGUCACCUAUAACUCUCUCAUAAACGUCUGUGCUCGCGUGGGCGACGCAGACCGCGCCGAGGAGUGGCUGGCGCAAAUGGAGAAGUCGGGCCUCAGUCCAGGGGUGCUCACCUACAACUCGGUCAUAAACGCGUGUGCCAAGGCUGGGGACCACGUGCGCGCGGAGUCCUGGCUCCCACGCAUGCAGGCCAAGGGCGCGCAUCCCGACAGCGUGAGCUUCAGCACCGUCAUUCACGCCUGCGUGAAGUCCUCCGACGAACAGAGGGCGGAGUAUUGGCUGGCUCAGAUGCACGAGGCGCGCCUGACGCCGAGCGCCUCCUGCUACGAGUGGGUCAUCCAGGCGUGCAUGCAGGCGGGCAACCUGGCCAGCGCCGAGCGCUGGCUGACGGCAGCGCUGAAGACGACCGACGUGAGCGCCCCCACCCUCACCAGAUUCAUCAACAAGUGCUCGCACGGUAACGACCCCACCAGGGCAGAGCGUUGGACCAAGGAGAUCAAGGGAUGGAGCGCCGUGGCAUCCGCGCCGCGGCGGCGAGGGCCGCUGGCGCCCAGGGCCACUCGUGCUGCUGACUGCCUUGUAGCUUUACUCGGCAGAUAG